GUUUCGGCUUGUCGGUCAUUUGUUGACAGGACGGUGCAAAUUUUGUUGCGUUUCGCACGCCGCUCCACGAUGGUAGGGGGUCGGUAACAGGCGCAGCAAAACGUAAUUUUCCCAAUGGUGGCUGGGCAUAAGGAAUUCCCAGGUUAAAUGUUGGAAAAUUUGCAAAGUAAAUUUGCAAAGCUAGAAAGAGCAUGGAGACCAGGAAAGUAAAAAAGAAAUUAUGAAAAUUGAAAACUUGUGAUACUACUAUGUCUAAUUCCUGGAGCUGGAAUGGUGAAAUUUUUUGAUGAAGAUUAAAAGAAGAUUAAAAGAAAGAAUUUAAUACAAAACUUAAGCGUGACGUAGAAAUUGAAAAAAUAAAAAAAGGAGAAAGAAUAGAAAGCUGCGAGAAUUGGAAACUGGACAAAUUAAAAUGUACCGCUGCGUAGAAUCCUCGCUUCGAUCGAUAUUUUCUGACAAGAGGAAUAUUCCAGAUAUUACGCUCUCAAUGUCAAAUAAUUUUAUCGUAAAUGUGGAGGGAAUUUCGCGUUAUUCACUGGCAUUACGAUUUCUGAGGAAAACGCCUAAUCGACGGCGUCAUUUCUCGAUGAAACGCGAAUUUACGUGUGACAAAUUACUCUUCCACGUACAGCCAGGCAUAAUAAUCAAAAAUUGGCUGGGCCCGAAUCAAAGUUUCGAAACUCAUGAACUUAGCAUUAGGUUCCAGUACAACGUAACGAUGGUACAUUUUUCUUUUUUUUUUUUUUCAUGGACAAUUAAAGUUGCAUUACUCAUAGUUCACCUAACUUCUCACGAUUUUCAUCUAACUACGCUGCCACAUUUUAUCGCGUGAAGAAAAAUGGCAGGGAACGGAACUUUUUAAAGAGAAUCCUUUCCUCGCUUUAAUCUCGAUGUUUCGCUCGUAAAAAUACCAACGUAAUUCCACUUACUAUGCCAUAGCUUCUCCUAUUAUAACUUUUUCUACGCUAAAUUCUUUCCUCUGCAUAUAGAAAUUGUUUUACGUUUCACAUUAAUAAAUGGCGGGUUUAGAAAUUGAAAUUAAGUGUUGUCAGAAUGUCGGACAUAAUCAAAGAUAAAUGAAAGAUAUUCGAAACGCGAUACUUUUCACGAUGCUCGAUGGAUAAAGCAAUUCUCUACGUUUUUUAAUCAAAAUUCAUAAAAAUGUAAACUCGCAUCAACAACAAAGAAAAAUGUGGGACACUAAUUGGAAUAUCCGAUUACCAGAAACAACUACCAGUUUCCAUGAAGAACAUGAAAAAACAUGAUUAUGCAUGAGAGCCAAGUACGUGCGUUACGUACCAUCCUAAAAGUCACACACAAACGGCGCGGGAACGCCGGAAAAAGACGCAACAAGAAGCAGCACCAGCGAUGCCAGGGCAGGCGGACGGCGGCGCAGCGUGAAGGGUUAAAAAUACAUAUUCGAUGCUCCUAAUUCAAUGACCGGCCGACGUACGGCGAUUUACAGUAGUGCCUCGUUAACUGGCCACGAGUUACCACUUUAUCUGGCCAGUAAUCGAGGGAGUAUCCAGCGGGGAUAACAGCGGCCAGAAACUGAGACGAAAUCGUGGCCAGUAAACUCGGCACUAGCGUAUACAUGAACGGCGCUCGCCUCCGCCGAGAGGACAGUCGUUGCAUUGAGCGACUCGCCGGCGAGCAGAGCGGAGGAACGCUUGAGCAGAGAGCGAACGAACGGUUUAGUGUAUGGGUUAGUGGCGGCUGUUUGCCGAUUCGUUGACUUGCCGGCACGGUCGGUCGGCUCGGGUCGAAGGCUGCCGCUCUCUCAGUCCGUCUCGCGACCGCGUGCUAAAGGGAUGUCGUUUUACUUCUUCUUUCCGUCAUUUCAAUUAACUCGUCUCAAAUAAUCGAUCCAUGUACUUGCCCUUUCUCGCCGUUGCAUUGCCCUUUCGAUGAAUUUCCAACGCGCCAAAUAAAUCGGUGGCGCGCACAUGAGAUAUGUGACGUGUGUUAGACGAUUCGAUAUUAAGAGCAACGUCGGUGACGGCAGUAAGGACCAUUCUGUGGUUGUGCAAAAUUUCAUGGACCAGUGACAACGAGAAAGGAUCGUCGGUUGUGUGACUGUUUGCGGGAAAAAUCGUAGGAUUUGAUGCGACGAGAUGGACAGCGAGGCGGACGCGGAGACCACGGCUGCCAACGCCGUGGAUUCGGAUGGAUCCGUUAGCUGGGAGGACUUUUUCGGAACAAGUACGGAUCUGGUGCCCCAGCUGUUGGGGAUGUUCGACGAGUUAGCUCGCCGGGGCAAUGGCUACACCGACCACGUGGUACUUCCGCCUGCCUGCAACAUACCAGCGGCACUACAGAAACGUUUGAGUCUGGUAUCCCAUCGAGGCUCCAUAUUCGGCCAGUUCCAUCCUGAAUUAUCCAAACCUCAACCGGAUGACGCUAUGGCCGAGCAUCCAACGUCAGAGAACACCGUGGUGAACAUAGUCGUGGCUGAUGACGUUACGCCUGAGAAAGAGAACGACGCGCUACAAACCCUGGAGAACAGCCAACAAGAGAAUAGAAGCGAGUGUACGAUAGAGAAGAAAUCAUAUAGACGCGAAAGCAACGGUCUCACGCCACUUAGGUACAACAGACGAUGCAGAAACGCUGCAAGACCGCUUUCUGGAAGCUCCGUUGCGUCCUCUGGAAGCUCGAGUACCUCCUCCAGCGGGUGCAGUAACCAGGGCAACCAGUGCACCAUCAAUCCUUAUUUGGCGUCGGUCGAAUCGCUGGCAGACACUUGCGCCAGCUCUCAAGGUUCUGGGGAUAGCGGAGUGGUGACAGUUUCGGAGGCCAACUGUCGAAUAGGAGAUGAUGGAAGUGAUCAAAGAAGAAAUAGCGGAGAGGAGGAUCCUUUCAAUCCCCUGUGCCACAGGCCGCGUUAUUGCGACCCCCAUAGGAAUCCUAUGGAAAGGGUGCUCCUUGAGAUAGUCGACACCGAGGCGAUAUACGUGGAACAUCUGCGACAAGUCAUCCAGGGUUACCUUAUAUUUUGGAGAAACGAUUCGGCAUCGUUUGUGGAUCAAAUGCAGCUGAGUAACUUAUUUAGUAAUAUUGAGGAUAUCUUCGAGUUCAACAGAGAGUUCCUGAAAGAGAUAGAGGAAUGUGGUCUGGAUCCAGUUUGUGUGGCAAACACAUUCAUAAAGCACAAGUCAGGAUUUAAAGUGUAUACAGAAUAUUGUACCAAUUAUCCAAGCACAGUUUCCGUUCUGACCGACCUCAUGAGUCAAGAAAAGACUGCACACGCGUUCCGAGAAAGACAAGCAGCCCUAGGUCAUGCAUUACCUCUUGGAUCCUUUCUUUUGAAACCUGUUCAAAGGAUCCUCAAGUACCACUUACUUCUGGAGAAUUUGUCAAAAGAGUAUGCAGCAGACUGCGAGGUAAGAGAAAAUGAGACUGAAGGUAGCAAGGCAAUUGAGGCGGCACUGGCUGCUAUGACUGACAUUGCAAAGCACAUAAAUGCAAUGAAACGAAGGCACGAGCACGCAGUGCGUGUUCAAGAGAUCCAGUCCCUCUUGUACGGCUGGCCUGGUCCAGAUUUAACGACUAGUGGGGAACUGGUAGCAGAAGGAAGAUUCAGAAUGCGGGGGGCCAAAGCUCCUAGGCAUGCUUUCUUAUUUGAUCGCAUGCUUUUACUCACUAAGAAAAAGGAGGAUGGGCUUCUAGUCUACAAAGCUCACAUUAUGUGUUCGAAUUUAAUGCUUAUUGAGAGCAUACCAGGCGAACCACUUAGUUUCCACGUGAUUCCUUUCGAUAAUCCCAGAUUACAGUAUACUCUUCAGGCACGAAACUUGGAACAGAAAAGAGAAUGGACUUUACAAAUAAAAAGGGUAAUUUUGGAGAAUUAUAACGCGGUUAUACCUUCGCAUGCGAGACAAUUGGUCUUGCAACUUGGCCAGACGCAACCAGAGGACGACGCUUUGGCAGAUAGAGGAUCGGCGAAGAAGCAGCAUUCUGCACCUCCAGAGUAUCUAGAGAAACGAAAACAGGAGAAAGAAAGACGGAGAUCUGAGACAGGACUUAGACAAAAAUUCAAGAAAGGUGGCAGAAGGUCUGAGACUACAACUGAGGAUUCUCCAGCAUCGCCACGGAAAAAUCAAAACGAGGAUUCUAAUGAACAAGGAUUUAAAACUUCAGACGGACGCGGAUCAAAAGUCAAGGAUCGCUUUACCGGUUGGAGGAGGAAAUCAGAGCCAGGUUUUCAAUCUUAUGUGUGCCUUAACCAGUCUGACGAAGAACAAAAAGAAGAUACGGGUGAUACGGGAUCUGCCACCGUUGAGACCGAGUGCGCGAUUAUCGAGAACGACAAGCACACGAACUCUCCACCACCUGAAACCAAAGAGAACAAUGAACAGCAGACUCAAGCGCAAACAGUCGAGGAAAUAGUUGGUCAUAUUCUCAUGCAAAACCAGGAAUUCCAAAAGCUCCUAGAGAAGCAGCGGACGAAUAGCAUAAUCAACGUCAGACAGCAGCAACGUUUCAAUAAACGUAUAUCUGCUGACACGUCUGAUGACAGUGACUCAGAAAAUACGAACUAUAUCGCAGACAAUUCGGUUAACAACAGGAUAUCGCGUAAUAGGUCAGGUCAUCGAGAGCGGUUCAUUAAAACGAAUAAUACUUGGAACUCGUUAUCUUCUUCCCGUGAUCAUCAACCUACGCUACAGUUGCUGUAUGAUAAUUUAAACAAAACUGAAAAUAAUAAAUCAGUGGACAGUAAUUCGAAAAACAAGAUUAACCUUGUACAAGAGAAGAAAGCGUUGUUUGAAGCGUUCAAGAAACAGAGUAUCGUGACAGAGAGUAAGGUUAUCAAGACUGCGCUUAGGAUAAGAGAAAAUUCAACAUCGAGGAACGAAGAAGCAACCCAACCACAAGCUACGAAGGAAAAUGAAAUUCAAAUUGUAGAAAGCGACAAAGGAACGACUGAAAAUGGCGAAUGUACAACUGAAGUUAACCAAGAGAUUACCGAGCCUAACAAAGGUUUUGGAAACUAUGAUAACCUGCAACACGUGUGGGAAGGUCUGCAAGAAGAGAAGAGCUUGGAUGGAAAUGACAGUCCGACUCGUCCGGCAGUCUGGUUAACCAAACUAUGCGAAGGGUUGCCAACAUCACCCCAAAAGUGUGGUUCUCUUCCACGUAGCUUCCAAAUUCACCCUAAUUCUAAUCAGAACGUUACAAAGUCACGGUUCUUACAGAGGGAUGGCAAACCUAUGAGCGAGAGACCAUUUACCAUAGCUUCAGACAAGCCAGCAGAGAUUAACUUGGAGGACAUGGAAAGGUACGCCUCUACAUGUCAGCCAGAAGGAAGAAUUGCCAAAUUUCCGACUUCCGUUUCAACAUCCACAUCGACAUUCUUUUGUUCAUUGGACGAUACAUUGACAGACGCUUAUUCAGAGAUUCAUAUAUCAUCCACCACCACGAACAUACAUCCUGAUCAUAAAAUCUAUAGGGCAAACACGAGUGGGAGCACCAUAUUCAAGAACGUCCUUUCUAAAGCUGGCAAUCGUCUUCAAGGUCUGAGGAACACCAUGAGCACAGAGACUCUAGAGUGUAGCGAAGAAUUGGAGAGGACCAAGUAUUUCCGUUCUUUGAGUACAGGUAAGUUAAAGAAGAAGAGCAAAAUGAAGCAUUCGAGGGAAACCUCUUCGGAUGUGGAAGAGCUUGUAGGAUGCACAGCGAGGGGGGUUUCGGAUCUGAGAAUCCCUUCGGUUUAUUACAAACAGGGAAGCUCGAGUUUAGGUGCUCGGAUCGCUCAGUCUGACUAUGCGGAUCCAAGUGUACUAUUUUUCGAAAGCAAACGAUUUCAGCAGGCGAAUAGUCAAUCACAGACCAAGGAAGAGAAGAAAGAUGAUGAAGAAAGUAUAGAGAACCGAGAAAGUGAAACGGAUAGUUUCUAUGAAAGAUCAUUCGAGACGAUUGAGAACUACGUAGAUGCGGAUGUUGACGACGCGUUCCGGGAUAGUGCAAUAUUUAGCGAUAUCGAAGAGGUUCUGGUGGCCAGGCCACAAUCGAGUCAGCCUCCCGAAGAUUGCCCGCCAUUUAAGAGCAAAGUGGCGCCACCGGUACCAGCGAAGAAGAAAACAGAGUCUAUCACAGCGGUAAAUCCCUCAGGACACAACGUUGCAGCGACGAAAUGCAAACCUAACGUGGCUCAGAAACCCGAUUAUUUGAAGGUUAAGUCGGUUUUUUUAAAGGGACAGCAAGAAUUGGACUGUAAAAUUCCGGUGAGAUCUCCUGUGUCUGAAAAUGGAACGUAUCAUUGUUCUAAGAACAGUUUGCAGAGCAACUGCUCGUCAAACAGUGGUGAAGAGAACGACGAUGUGUCGGCGGGACAGAGCCAAGCAGGUUGGGUAAGGAAGAUAGUGGGUCAGUUGCAGGGUCACAUUGAAACGUAAUUUAUGCCAAUGAAAGUGUACAAAUCUCGUAGCCUUAAACACAGGAAUUUCACGUUUGCCAAUAUUAAUCCUUUUGAGAUUAGCUCAUUUUAAUUUAUAUAUUGGAAUAUUCUUCAUUUUUUUUUUGUCUUCACAUACUUGAUAAAAAAAUGUAAUAAUUACACUGUGGAUGCUUAUGCGUUUAUGGAAAAUUUCUAUUUUUAACAUAGUAUGCAAACUGAUACAAAAUGUCCAAAAUAUAGUCCAUUUUCUAAAUUAUAUUCAUAAAAAUAUGAAUUUGCAUGGAUAUCCGCAGUCUAAUUUAAAUAUUUCAAGAAGUAUUAUAUAUCUUGAAAGGAUUAAGUAGUUAUUAUCUAGAAAUCAAUAAUACUCGUUUGGAUGAUGAAGAGUCAGUUUAUUUUUGAGUGAUCUAUCAAGUACAAUUAUCUUUGAGAUUAUAUUUUAUUAGUACAAUGGAAGAGAGGAAGAAAGAUUGAAAAUGAAGUGGAAACAGAAUAAAUAAAGAGUAAUAUUGGUCUAGAUAAAACUCGGAUACUUCAAUGAAAGACAUAGUAUGUACAUAAUGAAUUACUGUGGACACAUUUUGUUUCUUUAGUUUUUAAUAUUAACAUUUAUGUCCGAUCAAGAUUUUAAAAAAAUAUUAUUAUUAUGUACAUGUUACGUUUAUGUUUAUUCUAUUUGUGCUUUAUGUAAACUAUUUCCCGCGCAAACAUGAAGUUCUAGUGUUGAAGUGUAUUGUACAACAUUGAAACAAAUACUGCCGAACAAGUUGUCGUAUCGUGUAAACUAGCGGUAAAAAGAACAAAACGUAAAUAAGUGAUACUUUUUCAAAAUAUCGUAUGUCAUAUUUAAUCCGUGUCAUAUAUAAAUUUAAAUGUUAUGUUAAUAAUACAGGGUAAUCAGAGAAAAUUAUUUUUGAAAAGCCUUUUCGUGGAGGAAGCUGUUAUAUUCUUUGGUAAUUUAAAUAUUUUAAUAACAUGUAUUUUCUAGUGAAACAUCGAUCACCAUAUAAGUAAAUUGAUACAAUAAAGAGUUGAAUAUCGAAAAUUGUAUAGCCACCCUGUAUUGUUAUAUAAAUUUUUACAAGGACAAAUUUUUUCAUAUUUUAAUGUCGUUAGUCAGACUAUUGUAAAUCGUUAUACAUGUCGACUGAAUAUUUUAAGCGUCGAUGUACUUGCAAAUUAACUCGUUAGGAUUCAGAAAUGAUUAUUUUAUUUUUCAACAAUAAACGUGUUCGUUUGAACAAAGAGGGAAGUCACUUCUUAUUUUUUAUUUAUUCGCAGAACCUAACGGGUUAAGUUUAAUUACAGUUAAAAGAAGAAAAUUGGAGAAACCCGAAGUAUAUUUCUCUGGUGGAUGGGUAAAAGAGUAUAAGUCAAAGUUUGGGCAAAACAAAAUAUUCUAAUAUAUUCCCUAUUGCUGUUUUUUGCUUAUAGUCCCAAUAAAACCUAUUAUUAUUUCAUAUUACGGGUAUUUUGUGUAAUUUUGUACUUUCAAAUUUUUUAUAAAUGCAUAAAAAUUCGCAGUCUAAUUACAAGUGCUUCUCUGUAAAACCAAUAACUUUGGAUUUAUACCCAUUUGCCCGCCCAUCAGAGACUUAAGAUUAGACAAUAAUGAACUCAUGAUGCAAAUGAGAUUAUGAUUUAUUUGCAAUCGCACUAUGCGAAUGAUCUAGUAUCUUUGCAAUAAAUCAACUUGAUUAUUGUCA